GCCAGUGACAAGCCUGAAGUCGGAGUUCAGCGUCAAAUGUUUUGGAAUAAUGCAACCGCUGCUACAGGAAAUUGCCGUAAAAAAGGAGAAAAUUGAUCGAUUUGAUGAGGUCAUACAAAAUAAAGAGAAUAAGCUGGUCGAAACACAGAUGAAAUAUGAUCAAGUGCAAAUAAAGCUCGCCGUGGCGGAGACUGCGCUGAGGGAGAAGGAACUCCAACUAGUGCAACAGCAGGAUUUGUGCAACUCCCAUAGAAACAACAGCAAUGUGAAGGAUGAGCUAUUAAAGGCCUACAAGCUACAAGUUCAGGAUAAAACCAUCCGCAUUGAGCAGCUGCUAAAAGAUUCCAAAGAACAGGCCGAACUGCUCGACAGCUGCAAAUUGCAGGCCAAGACAAAGGAAGCUCAAAUAGAGCAGCUGCAGGAAGUGGCUCAAACGAAUCAGCUAAUACAAUUGGCAGCAGCUAAGAACAUGACUCAGAAGGAGGAGCUAAUCCAGCAGCUGCUGUCCGAUGCGAAGGAAGCCAAGGAACAGCUCGAGAGCUACAAAUCCCAAAUCAAAAGCAAAGAUGAGCAGUUGGAGAAGCUGCAUGCGGAAAUACACUGGAAUAACGUAAAAGUCCAGGAGCUGGAAAACAAUCUGAAGAAUAAGGAUCAACAAAUUGCCGAGCUGCAUGCGGAAGUCAAAAGAAUUUUGGAUCAACGAAGUGCACUUGGAUCGCAAGUCGAUGCGAACGAGAUGCAAAUCGAACAAAAGCAAUCGGAAAUCAAGAAUUUACAAUCGGAACUGCAUGAGGUGCAGGCAGAGCUAUCGGAGUACAGGAUCCAAAUCGAUAGGCUGCAAUCGACAAAUUGUCAUUGGUUUGGCAACUCCUCCGAUAUACACAAGAUACGAGCACCUGGCAUCGAUCCCUUUGAGGUGCUCUGCGAUUCUCGACUGGCCGGGCCAGGCUGGACCGUAAUACAGCGUCGCAUUGAUGGUAGCGAGAACUUUUAUCGGAACUGGAGCGAUUAUCGCGCAGGUUUUGGCAGCUUGCAAGGCGAAUUCUUCAUCGGCAUGGAGAAGCUCAACAGGCUGACCAUGGCCCAGGCCCAGGAGCUGUACGUCCAUCUGGAGACCUUCGAUAAUUCCUCCUACUUUGCCCGCUAUGCGGACUUUAGCAUUGGCAGCGAAAGCGAGGCCUACGCUCUGAAACUUUUGGGCUCCUACACGGGCAAUGCGAGCGACGCCCUUUACUUUGCCAGAAACCGAAAGUUCUCCACUCAUGACGUUGAUAAUGACAGGAGCGACGGAAACUGCGCGGAGCAGAAGCAUGGCGCCUGGUGGUAUGAUCGAUGUGGUCACAGCAACCUCAAUGGUCAGUACUUGAAAGAGGCAUCCAAAGAUCCAAAGGGCAUUUAUUGGCUUGGUACACACGCCUUUUCCUUUAAGUCAGUGCAAAUGAUGCUGCGACCCAAGUCGGUUCAAUAUACCUAAUAAUCAGAUAAUGCCAACUAAAGUUAGUUUUAAAUCAUAAUUUCAUAAAAUUGCUAAGACCAUGAGAAUAAAAGGCAGACGGAGGAAUUUGU